UACUAGAACAGUUGUCACCUUAUACUUGGCAUAACAUAUAAACAAAGCAUUACGGUAGGCAAAUAUUAUAUUCAAAGUAGCAACUUUAACUGUCAGAGUUCUGGAGUUUUUAGUAAGUUUGUUUUCCUUUCUGAGGCAAACUGCUCUCCUGAACUUCAUAGUAGUUAACUUCAUAAUUAACUUCUUAGUUAAAACCUGUCAAUCCAGAAUGUGCAGCACGAGUUAUUGCAUUUGCAAAUAUGUUGCUGUAUGUUGCCAAUAUAUUAGCCAAACUUUAUUAACUUGUAUUUCAAGUGAAAAAUUUUCAGUUUAUAUGAGGAAAGGGGGUGAUAGUUAUUUAAAAACGAGCGGCCGCCGGACGUUCAAUAUUAGCAACCAC